AUGUCCUCAGACGAGAAUAUCAGUAAUGACAAGCAAGACGCGGCCACCAUUGAGAUGCUGCGCCGCUAUCAGACUGCCGACAGCGUCUUGCUUCCAAUUUCCAGGGAUGCCUUUGAAAAGCUUUACCUGAGCCCCAAGACCCCGACGGCAGGAAACUUGCGUCGCACGUUUGGUAAUCCCACACCUAUCUCGCUGAUGGGCUUCUUGCUGGCUGCGACACCGGCGGCUAUGUUGACGAUGGGAUGGGGCGGUUCUGGUGGGAAUGGUGGCGCUAUUUUACCCGUGUAUAUCUUCUUUGGAGGCAUUGUGCAGCUCUUCGGCGCUGUGGGCGAAUGGAUCAUUGGAAACACAUUCUCCUGCGCGCUGUUCUUCACAUACGGAACAUUCUGGAUCGUCCAGGGAACCUCAAUGAUCCCCUGGUUCGCAGUGGGAACCAACUACUCGCCCACGGGUAAUUCUCUCGAGGGCAUGCAGACGCCCGAGUUUGCUGCUACUACCGGCCUCUAUUUCGCCACCCUCUCUGUCCUGACUUUCGUAUACCUGCUGUGCUCCAUCCGUACCAACGUCUGCCUCUUCCUCGCGCUUUUCCUGCUGGUCAUCACCUUUGCCUUGUUCUCUGCCACAUACUUCCAACUCUCUUUCGGUAAUGCUGCGCACGCAGCUAAGCUCCAGUCGGUUGCUGGUGGUUUCAAUUUCGCUUUGUGCUUGCCCAUCUGGUGGAUCUUCAUGGCCCAGAUCUUUGAGGCGGUCGAUUUUCCCUUCUCAAUCCCCGUCGGCGAUCUGAGUACGGUGAUUUUGGGCCGAACUCAGAAGCAGCGAAAACGCGAGGCUGAGGUUCAGUAG